UCGCACCUCCACUCUCACGCAGCAGAGAGCGGACUCGGAGCUCUUUCCCCUUCUCCUCCGCACUGCGAUUCUCUCCUGGCGGACAGUAAGCAGCCCCACACACCUGGACACAGCGACCUCCGGGGCCACGGUACCGGGUCUGGACGUGCCUCACGCAGACGACAAAAGAUGGACAGCCGAGCCCAGUGGCCCCAGACCCGACGGGGAGGGAGACGCGUGCAGUGAUGGGACAGUUUUCGGGAGGAUGCUACCUGAGUUUUGGCAUCCUCGUGCUUCUCGGUUCGCGAGUCCCGGCCACGUUAGCCAGAGGACCCCGAGGGGAAGCCCUGCAGCAUGGGCAGUCUGGGACUCUGCCUCACUUCCUGGAGGAGCCGGUUGAUGCUUAUAUCGUCAAGAGUAACCCCAUCAAGCUCCGGUGUCAAGCUCGGCCUGCUCUUCAGAUCUUCUUCAAGUGCAACGGCGAAUGGGUCCACCAGAGCCAGCACCUGUCUCAGGAACACAUGGACAUGGGGACAGGGCUGAAGAUCCGCGAGGUGAUGAUCAACGUGUCCCGUCAGCAAGUGGAGGACUUCCAUGGCCCAGAGGAUUACUGGUGUCUGUGUGUCGCCUGGAGUCACCUGGGAACCUCCAAGAGCCGCAAGGCGACCGUGCGCAUCGCCUACCUGAGGAAGAACUUUGAGCAGGACCCCCAAGGCACAGAGGUGCCUCUGAAUGGCAUGAUUGUGUUGCACUGUCGUCCCCCAGAGGGAGUGCCUGUGGCUGAGGUUGAAUGGCUAAAAAAUGAAGAAACUCUCAAAUCUGCUGGUGCCAUCGAUACAAGAGGCGACCAUAAUCUCAUCAUAUCCGAAGCCCGACUCUCUGAUUCUGGAAACUAUACCUGCGUUGCCAGCAACAUCGUGGCCAAGAGACGCAGUGCAACAGCCACUGUUGUAGUCUAUGUGAAUGGAGGCUGGUCGUCGUGGACAGACUGGUCUCCCUGUAAUGUGCGAUGUGGACGCGGUGUGCAGAAACGUUCUCGCACUUGCACAAAUCCAGCUCCUCUCAAUGGGGGAGCCUUCUGUGAGGGCAUGUCGGUACAGAAGAGCACCUGCAACACACUGUGUCCAGUUGAUGGCAGCUGGGGCGAGUGGAGCAACUGGUCAGUGUGCAGCGCAGAGUGUGACAGGCAGCGCAGCAGAGAGUGCACAGCUCCGGAGCCUAAACAUGGAGGACGACUGUGUGACGGGGUGGCGCUCGCUACAGACAACUGCACUGGCGGCCUGUGCACACAGAAUCGAAAGUUGCUACACGAUGCUAAGCCACAGGAUGUGGAGAAUAGCAGCGAUGUGGCCUUGUAUUCAGGCCUGGCUGCGGGGGUGGUGACAGUGGUGCUGCUGAUCAUCGCUGUCACUCUUUACCGAAGGAGCCAGAGUGAGUACGGUGUGGAUGUCAUCGACUCCUCCGCCCUCACCGGGGGCUUCCAGUCCUUCAGCUUCAAGACCUCUCGUCAAGCAAACCCUCUGCUAAUUAAUUCAUCCAUGCAACCUGAUCUGACAGUGUCGCGCACCUACACCAGCCCCAUGUGUUUCCAGGACUCCAUUGACAAGGAGCUGAUGGCUGAGCGCUCACUGCUUGACCCAUUGCCUGAUCUCAAGGUCAAAGGGGUGGCAGAAAGGGCAGAGUACCAUGUCAUGUCCCACCCUCAGACAUUUCCACGGGGCCUGGCUCCAGACUACAGAGGGGUUCCAGUUGGGACGACGCUGGGCAGAAGAGGCAAAAAUCUGUUCACUCCACAAGUUUCUCUGAGUCCAAGCAGGCCUCCUCACAAAGCAACUGCAGUGUUUGGUUGUGCUGGAGGCAGGCUGGUGGUGCCUAACACAGGGAUAAGUCUGCUGGUGCCUCAUGGGGGGAUUUCAGAAGACACUACCUGGGAAAUGUACAUGAUCAUCAACCAGGAGGACAGCAGUGCUGUGUCCGAGGAGGGGUCAGAGGUCUUCCUGAGCCCCGCAGUCACGUACGGCCCACCCGGCCUUGACUUGUCCUGCCCCAUAGCCAUGACCAUAGCCCAUUGUGCGGAGGUUGCAGCUGAUAAUUGGACCAUCCGGCUAAAGAGGCAGACGCAGGAAAACAAGUGGGAGGAAGUGAUGUCGGUGGAUGAGGAGAGCACAUCCUGCUACUGUCUGCUGGAGACUCAGAGGUGCCAUUUGCUGUUGGAGCACCCGGGUCGCUACGCCCUGGUGGGGGAGCCGCUGAACCAGAAGGCAGCCAAGCAGCUGAGGUUGGCUGUGUUUGGAAGUCCAGACACCAACAACUCUCUAGGCUUCACCCUCAGGGUCUACUGUGUGGACGACACGCCCCAUGCAUUUCAGGAGGUGGCUGUGGGCGAGCGCAGCAGGGGGGGGCGGCUGCUGGAGGAGCCUAAAAUUAUGCUGUUCAGGGGGAACACGUUCAGCCUCCAGGUGUCCAUCCAGGACGUCCCACAGUUACUCUGGAGCAUCAAGCCUUUCACCACCUGCCAGGAGUUCUCCUUUUCUCAGGUGUGGGCCAGUAACCAGCGUCCCCUGCAGUGUGCCUUCUCUCUGGAGCGAUACAGCCACUCUUCGUCCCAGCUCUCCUGCAAGAUCAGCGUCCGACAGGUCAAAGGCGAGGAGCAGAUCCUCCAGGUGUACACGUCUGUGGUGGAGAAUGAAAAGGGAGUGGUUCCCUUUUUCACUCAGUCAGACUGUACCAUCACCUCUCAGACAGGGUCAAGGGCUUUUAAAAUCCCUCUGUCCAUCCGUCAGCGGAUCAGCGCCACCUUUGACAUUGCUAAUGCCAAGGGGAAGGACUGGCAGCUCUUGGCUCAAAAGCUCCACAUAGACAGGAACCUUUGCUACUUUGCAUGUCAGGAGAGCCCAUCCUCAGUGAUUCUGAGUCUGUGGGAAGCCCAGCACCAGGACUCGGGAGACCUGGACUCUCUGGCCAGCGCCCUUGAAGAAAUCGGCAAGGUCCAGUCCCCGAGGACUGCCACUCAUGGCUGCAGCAGAGAAGAACGGGACUCUGAAUUCACUCCACUUGGGUAGGGCGGGUCUACAGCAGAUCAGAAUAAUGAUGAACCUUUACUGCAUGAACACUGGUGAUCAGGUGUACUAGCUAACCUGUGGUGAGGAAGAGGAGGAGCGCAAAGAGGACAGCAGGGAAACUCAGUUUUGGACUGUUACUAAUGGAACACCUCUGCUGAACCAAAUGGCACACACAGACAGAUGGGAAUGAAGAAUGAAGGGGCGACAAAGAAGGAAAUGAGUGGGGAAGUAUUUGAGUCAUUGAGAGGCACUUUUUAAAACAUUUUUAGACAAGAGUUCUCACAAUCAUCUUUGAUUGAGAAAUGUCUCCUGUUUAAUAUCUGUAUUUAAGGAUUAUGGUGUGUGAAGAGGAUUGUCUGCGUAGGAUGGAGUGUGUUUCAACCAGACCAGUGUUGUGACUUUCCCCGGAUCAGAUGUGCUGGCUCUCGCCCUCAAACAGUCCUCUAGGCUGUCAAAAUGUUUAGUGUAAUGUCAUUUUGUUGUCAUUCAUUUAUCAUAUCUCCUAAUGCUUCUUUUCCUUUUCAACAACGUGUCUGUGAUUAGAAUGCUGGAGUGAGAGGAGGAAACAGAAAGUAAGGGAUGCUAGAUAUAUUUAUUUUGUCAGAUCUUUGGUCAGAAAUACUGACUACGAUUAGCAUUUAAAAUGUUCUGAUGAUGUCCACAUGCUGAAAAACAAUGUAAGGCUUUAGGAGAAGAUAACAAUUAUUUUUAAAGACGCCCACAUGUAGAACAUGUUCAAGUACACUUGCAUAACACAACUUCAAAGCAAAGGCUGCAGAAGAGGAUCAUUUAUCCCAAUGUAUAAUGCAAUGCAGCCAGAGGUGCACCACAUCCCAUAAUGUCUACUGAUCGACUUUUGGUUCUUUUGUUGGAAAAUGAAUGUCUCUCUGCGUAAUAGGGGAUUUCAUACCAGUCAAACAUUGUGAACAUUACAUAUACUGCAACGUGUUGAUGCUGGUUAAGUGGUGUGUGCUUUCAAGACCCUCUGGGACUUUUUUUUUUGUAUCUAAUUUUUGACUUUUGGUGUGUGGCUUGAUUUGAGCUGCCAUUUUUUGGAUUAUCUGGAAAAUACCUGGAGAUCAUUAUUUGGAGACAUGCCGCCGACUCUCACUCCCACUUCCUUCUCUUCUCUUCCCCAGUCAGAGUUGCUCCACCUGCCCCUAAAACAUGAUAAAGUGACUUUGUGUUGAA